UUCCACACUGCCGGAACUUAGUACAGUUCACCUACUGUAUUAUCCAACAACUCGAAGGCCCAAUCUCCUCGCUGUUGCAGUUGCUGUCAAGCCGGACAGCAUCAGACGUCAAACCCGCAACCCACUCAGAUUGUCUAGCUUGUUGAACUCAAAGAACCCAAGGGCCUCAACGACGAGGCACGAGACCCAGGACUUCGAAUUCGAGAUGAUGUCACGCAAAGCUCAUGUCUCGAACACGGCAUAACGCAGCAGCCUGCAUCCCGCAAUCGCUGCCCGUCCCGUCCGCAUCCAACUGCGCAGUUUGGGGUGACACAGAACCGCUACAUGUGCCGGGAUUACUAUUGGAUGGCCCAGACCUGACGAGACACGUAACAUCAAGUUCAACACCACCAUGUAUCGGUCCCCAACCUCGCUAUAGCCGACAUAAGUUCUCGGGGAUGUUGUCGCAUGGCAAGGGACGGCCGAAAAGCGAGGCUUGUCCCCCGCACUUUGAUACAUUCUUCGGAAUCACCACGGAGCGAACCGGGCAUGGCACCCAUCGAGAUGAGAUUUCAUCCAGAUCAAGGAGUCGCAAGCCUUCCAUUCGCCUCGAUCUCAUCCGGACAUAUGGGAGAAGAUUGUCUCACCGGAGUAAACCGUUGACCACGGCCCGUGGCGAGUUUCAAAACGACCGCCGAUGUCCACUUUUGGACGCCGCCGCCAGACUCCGGCACCCAUAUCGGCUGACGACAAGGAUGCCGAGUCAGAGGGCGGUCCAAGCUCGCCGUGCGCAGGGCCACAUCGAUCGCUUUGCGGAAAUCACCGCACCGACACAAUGGCCCUCGCCCGAUCCUCAUCGCCCUGUGCGGGGUAUUCGCUCCGUCUGAUGGUUGUGCUGGAAAAGGAUGACAACAGAGCUUUCCAUCUCGCUCCGCACGCCCACACAGUGUGCAUCGCAUCCGCUGUCCAAAGAGGGGUCUCAAGGAGCUUCCAUCCGAAGAGCUUGACCCUGGCAAAAGCAGUGACCUUGAUGGGCCAGCUCGAGUCGUCGUACUCUCUCGCUACCCCAUGUUGCCCACAAAAGUUCCGCUCAUUGUGUAGAUGGGAGGAGACUGUGCUAGCACAAAACGCAGUAGGUACUCGCAGUAAUCGUGAUAUGAGUUGAGGAGAAAUAAACACCAACAUCGCUCGUUGGAGGAUUUAGUCAACCGUAGUCCCUAUACGACACCCCCCGUGCCCGUUAACAACAUGCGUCGAGCACGGUCCAAUACCUUAGCUGGGCU